CUGGAAACAGCCACGAAUGGAGCAAUGGCGAUCUUCAGUGUUUAUGUGGUGAACAAGGCCGGCGGGCUCAUCUACCAGCUAGACAACUGCGCGUCUAGAGCCGAAGCUGAGAAAACCUUCAGCUACCCAUUGGACCUCCUACUCAAACUUCACGAUAGCGCCUUUGGCCAGCGGGACAGCAUACAGGUGGGCCAUGCGGUUCUCUCCAUCAGUGGCGUGGACAUGAAUGGCAAGUACACCGCAGAUGGAAAGGAGGUGCUGGAAUACCUGGGUAACCCGGACAACUACCCCAUGGCCAUCCGCUUCGGUCGACCCUGCCUUAAGUCCAACGAGAAGCUGAUGCUGGCCUCCAUGUUCCACGCGCUGUUUGCCAUCGGCUCCCCACUGUCUCCCGAGCUGGAGAGUUCUGGCAUCGAGAUUCUGGAGACAGACACCUUCAAACUCCACUGCUUCCAGACACUAGCAGGUAUCAAGUUUGUUGUCCUGGCAGAUCCUCGACAAGGUGGGAUUGAUUCUUUCUUGAGAAAGAUCUAUGAGAUUUACUCAGAAUUUGCCUUCAAGAAUCCAUUCUACUCUUUGGAGAUGCCCAUCAGGUGUGAGCUGUUUGACAAAAAUCUGAAGCUAGCCCUGGAAGGGGCUGAGAAGGCUGGGACUUUGGGGCCAGGAUCAUAG